AUGAAGCUAUAUCCGUGCUGGGCCGUGGUGUGGGCGAUGCUGCCUGCUGCAGCCAUGAAGCUGGCGCAGGAGUUGGACGACUCUGCGCUGAACCUCCAGACGGACUCCGUAUCGAGUGGCUUGCUCGCCCGCGCAUCCACCGCCGUGGACUCGGACGAAGGCAUGAACACUUCCAGGGACGGGUCUCUCGACGUUGUGGCGGCCAAGAAGAAUCCGUUCAAGUUCGUGGAAAGCAUCGCGAACACUGUCAAAGAUGCUGGCACAGUGGUGGCAGAUGCAGGCCUGGAGAUGGGCAAAGCCGCCGCCAACAGAGCUGUCGUGAUCGGGAAUAGCGUUUUGGAAUCACCACUGGAGAGCUUAGCGGAAGUGGGCGAUGUCCUCACGCUGCCACCGGACGUGGUGGGUCCAGCUUUGGAGGUGGGUAACGUGUUUGACGCGGUCCAAGACGUGGGUCAGUUUGUUGUGGAUGCCACGAUGGACUUUGGAAGUGGCAUCGUGGAUCAGGUGCGGCAAUCGCUGCAGGAUGCUGCUAGCCGCGGCCUGGCACUGGUCGAUCAGGUGGGCGGAGUCCUACAACCUUUCGUUGGACCGGCCCUUGACGCGGUGGGACCUUUGGCGGCUGGUUUGGGAGAUGCCUGGAACCGACUGAGGGGCUUCCUCGACUGCCUCCAAGAUACUGCUGGCGGCGGCCGUCGGUCGCUGUGCGAGAUGCUGAUUGGAGACCAGUGUGAUUGCAGCGGCGGAAGCUACGUGAGGCCGUCUACAGGUGGUGUGCAAAUGAAGUGCAUCUUCAAGGCCAGCUCCGUCUUUACGGCAUCCGAGUCACGGGCUCUGUAG